AUGCCUCAAGACCCCGCGACUGUUCUCGCCGCCCUGUUGCGCGCAGCAACAAUCGACGAUCACGAAGAGGUGCUCAGGGCCGCCAACGCUGCCAUCAAGGCCAACCGUGCCGAUGUGGGCGCUCAACACACUCGUGUAGUUGCCCUGCUUAAACUUGACCGCUUCGACGACGUCAUACGCGCCAUAUCCGAGGGCGGGGUCAAGGUCGAAUCUCGCUGCGCUCUUGAGCAGGCGUACGCCCUGUACAAGCUUGGCAAGCUCGACGAAGCGGCCGCCCUGCUCAAAUCAUUCGGCUUGGAGAAGCGCAGCUUCAGUCAUGUCGCCUCUCAGGUUGCUUACCGCGCCGAGAGGUUCGGCGAGGCCGAGCUCAUCUACAGGCGGCUGCUCACCUCGGGCGAUGCAUUGCAGGAAGAGAACGACCUGAACAUCAAUUUGCGGGCGACAUUGGCUCAGGCCGAGUGGCAAGGAAGCUUGACUGCUGCCGGAUCGACUGCCGACCAAGCACAGGACACCUUCGAGCUUUGCUAUAACGCUGCGUGCGCUUACAUUGCCAAGGGAGCUCUUGACACGGCUGGAACCCUGCUUCAGCGCGCCGCCAAGCUGUGCGACGCGUCUGAGGACUUGACUGAAGCCGACAAGAAGGCUGAACUGAAGCCCAUUCUUGCCCAGCAGGCAUAUGUGCAUGCCAAACUUGGAAACACCCAGCGGGCACUGGAGCUGUAUCGGUCGCUGGAUGUCGAUGGCGAUGCGGACCCUGACUUUGUCGUUGUGGCACAAAACAAUAAGGCUGCGCUCGAGGCGAAGCCGCCGAACCCAUUCCUUCUUCAACGCCAAGUUGCUACGUGGCUGUCUGGCGCUAUUGAUGCCAAACUAUCCAACUACCAAUCCACCGUACUAUCCAGAAAUCAGUCUGUGGUUGACAUUCUGGCGCAAAAGGGUGACGGAGUGCGAGAAAGGACACGCAAGUUACUGGACCAAGCUCGUCGGCCUACGAUACGGCGGGACGUCAACUAUAACGCAGUGAUAAGAGCCGCAACGGAGACUCAGGGCCUUGCCGACAAGGAUGCUCUCCGAGAGCUUGCGUCCCUGUCCAAGAAGUAUCCCAGCAAUGUUGGCCUUGUGCUCAUAGCCGUCCAACUGCUCCUGAAGCGCAAGAGCCGCGGCGCAGCGUUGUCUGUGCUUGAGUCUUUCUUCGCUCGACUGGACAAGAGUGACCAAGAGCAGGAUCUCGAAGUGCGGUUCAGCCCAGGUCUAGUUGCCCUCGCAGUAUCCCUUAUGCGAACCCAAGGCCGUGCCACCUCUGCCAAGUCGGAGCUGAUCAAGGCCGCUACAUACUGGCGGGAUCGCCCUGUUGGCGCGUCAUCUUCGCUUCUGAGAGAGGCCGGGGUGGAAUUGUCGAGGUCAUCUGACGCGGGCGACCUGUCGCUGGCUGCUUCGGCCUUCCAGAGACUUCACGCGGAGAACAAGGACGACCCUGUGGUCACUGCAGGUUUGGUCGCCUCCCUGGCUGCGUCUGAUGUAGCCAAAGUCGAACACCACGCCGCUCAGCUGCCGCCGGUCCAGGCCUUGGUCGAAGGGAUAAAUGUCGAAGGGCUCAUCCGUGCUGGGGUUGCCGGAACUGCCGGCAGCGCCGCGCCCACGAAAAAGAGACCAGCUCCGGAGGAAACUAGCGACGAAAAGGCGGCCAAGAAGCGCCGAAGAAGGAGGCUGCCCAAGAACUACGUCGCGGGUAGAGCCCCCGAUCCGGAACGGUGGCUGCCCCUCCGAGACCGCUCCACAUACCGGCCCAAGGGCAAAAAGGGGAAGAAGAAGGCUGGUGAGUCAACGCAAGGCGGAAUCGUCAAGGAGGAGGAGACGCUGGACCUUGUGGGAGGGGGUGGUGUCAAGGUGGAGAAGGCGUCUGCUUCAAACCCAUCGAAGAAGAAAAAGAAGGGCAAGAAAUAG